AUGGGUGGUUCACUUCUCACAUGUUGUCUUUCGAUGGAAUUGGAGAAUCAUCACCCCUCCACACUCUUGUCCAUGGAUUCAAGUGCACCUUCUUCUCAUCAGGAACUGGAUCUGGAUAUGAAUGGUAAAAUCACACUCUCAUGUCCACCUGAUAUCAAUUUGCCCCUCUCGGUUGAGCGAAGUCCCCCUCCACAGCCAUGGAAUCAUGACCCUUCUGAUACAGUGCUGGAUGUUGGUCUUGGUGGUACUCAAGGAUAUGAGACUGAGAGCUUUCUCCCACUCCCCAAAGUUGGAAGGAAAUGCGCCAAGCGGCUUGAUAGCAUAUGGGGUGCUUGGUUUUUCUUCAGAUUUUACUUCAAACCAGCAUUGCUUGAGAAAUCUAAGGCCAAAGAUGUUAGGGACAGCAAUGGUGUUUCAGGGUUCGACAAGUCUGAUAUCAAACUUGAUGUUUUCAUGGUUCAACACGACAUGGAAAACAUGUACAUGUGGGUUUUCAAGGAGAGGCCGGAGAAUGCUUUGGGUAAGAUGCAGUUGAGGAGUUACAUGAAUGGGCAUUCCCGCCUAGGGGAACGCCCAUUUCCAUUUAGUGCUGAUCGCGGUUUCGUUCGAUCCCACCGGAUGCAGCGAAAGCAUUAUAGAGGGCUUUCAAAUCCUCAAUGUGUGCAUGGCAUUGAGGUUGUUCCAGCACCUAAUCUUAUGAGUCUUGAUAAGGAUGAGCAGAAGAAAUGGAUUGAACUCACAGGCCGUGAUUUGAACUUCACAAUCCCACCGGAAGCUAGCGACUUCAGUUCAUGGAGGAAUCUUCCCAACACAGACUUCGAGCUCGAGAGACCACUUCCGCUAAUCAAGAGUGUUCCAAAUCCCCAUCCAAAGAAGCUGCUUAAUGGAUCUGUGCUAAAUUUAUCAACUCAUCUGUCUAACCUCGGUAACGGUGAUGGGAUAAACCUAUCUUCUUCUAUUAGCAGCAAGAAAAGGAAGGACUUUUUCUUUUAUGGGAAUGAUGAAGAAUGUUGCUUAGCAGUUAAUCCUCCAUCAGAUCGGAUUCCAGAUUUGGUAAUGCACCCAAGUGAAUCACUCUGGCUGAAUGACUUCAGUGGGGUGAUGAAGAAUGUUAGUGGACCAGUUACAGCUGCAAAAACUAUUUAUGAGGAUGAACAAGGUUACUUGAUCAUUAUCAGUCUGCCAUUCGUUGAUCUUCCCAGUGUGAAGGUUACUUGGAGGAAUACCGUCACUCACGGUAUCAUAAAGGUUUCUUGUGUGAGCAUAUCUCGCAAGCCAUUUAUUACAAGAAACGACCGAACAUUCAAGCUUACUGAGCCAUUGUCAGAACACUGCCCUCCCGGAGAGUUUGUUCGUGAAAUCCCACUUCCAACUCGAAUUCCUGAAGAUGCCAAUAUAGAAGCAUACUAUGAUGGGCCAGGAUCUGUGCUUGAGAUAACAGUGCCUAAACUUCUUCCAGGAUCAGAAGAGCAUGAAGUUCGAGUUUGCCUUCGCCCAAAUGUGGGGAAUGAUCUCAUGUUGACUUGA